CCCGGCAGCAGGAAAGGGUUAAGUUUAAAUUGGUGGCCGCGGCGCGGAGUCGGUAGGGGAGAAGAUUCGGCGAUGGACACAGAGGAGACCGUUGGGGCAGGGGCGCUGGCGGCUGAGGCGUCUCAUGUGGAGCUGGUGGGAGGACCUGAUCCAGAGCUGGCAGCCACGAUGGGCUUCUCAGGCUUUGGAAAGAAAGCUCGAACGUUUGACUUGGAAGCAAUGUUUGAACAAACUCGAAGAACUGCAGUGGAAAGAAGUAAAAAGAUGCUGGAAGCCCGUGCAAGAGAAGAGGAAGCCCAGAAAGAAAAAGAACUAAGAAGCCAACAUGAAGAUAUUGAUUCAGCAGCUUCAGGCUCAAGUGUGAUGGGAGCUUGCUCUGCAUCAACUUGCAGAGAGGCAGAAAGUAGUGAAAGUGAAGAUGGUUCAAAUGAAGAAUUAAUUGGUCCUCCUUUGCCAUGCCAAACUUCCAUUCAAGGACCAGCAGAGGAUACUGAUGAUGAUGAUGAAUUUAUUGGGCCACCACUUCCACCAGGUUAUAAGGACAGUGAUGAUGAUGAUGAUGACGACGACAUGCAAGAGGAAGAUAAUAGCCCUGUCAAGAAAAUUCCAGACUCUCAUGAAAUUACACUCCAGCACGGGACCAAAACUGUAUCUGCUUUGGGUUUGGAUCCCUCAGGUGCCCGUUUGGUAACUGGAGGAUAUGACUAUGAUGUUCGGCUUUGGGACUUCGCUGGAAUGGAUGCAUCUCUUCAAGCUUUUCGAUCACUUCAGCCUUGUGAAUGUCACCAGAUCAAAUCUUUACAGUAUAGCAGCACGGGAGAUGUCAUUCUUGUUGUGUCUGGUAACUCUCAAGCUAAAGUUCUUGACAGAGAUGGCUUUCCAGUAAUGGAAUGUGUUAAAGGAGACCAGUACAUUGUGGACAUGGCAAACACCAAGGGUCAUACAGCAAUGCUUAAUACAGGCUGUUGGCAUCCUAAAAUAAAAGAAGAAUUGUUGACUUGUUCCAAUGAUGGGACUGUGAGGACAUGGGAUGUUAACAAUGACAAAAAGCACAAAGGUGUGUUUAAACCACGGUCAGUUCAAGGUAAACGGGUGAUUCCUACAACUUGCACGUAUAGCAGAGAUGGUAAACUUAUUGCAGCUGGCUGCCAAGAUGGCUCCAUCCAGAUCUGGGACAGGAAUAUGAAUGUUCAUACAAAGUUCCACUGCAGGCAGGCACAUGCUCCUGGCACAGAAACUUCAUGCUUGACGUUUUCCUAUGAUGGUACUGUCCUUGCUAGUCGAGGAGGAGAUGAUACAUUAAAAACAUGGGAUAUCAGGCAAUUUAAAAAACCUAUUAACUCAGUUGAAGGUCUGUCCAGCUUCUUCCCAAUGACAGAUUGCUGUUUCAGCCCAGAUGAUAAGUUAAUUGUCACGGGCACCUCUGUUAAGAAAGGAGGUGGCAAUGGGAAGCUUAUUUUCUUUGAACGGGAGACAUUCCAGAAGGUGUAUGAAAUAGAAGUCACAGAUGCUAGUGUUGUGCGUUGUCUUUGGCAUCCCAAGCUAAACCAGAUCAUGGUUGGUACAGGAAAUGGAUUGGCUAAAGUAUACUAUGAUCCAGUCAAAAGCCAGAGGGGAGCAAAACUAUGUGUGGUUAAAACAAAACGAAAAGCCAGACAGGCAGAGACUCUUACACAGGAUUACAUUAUAACACCUCAUGCCCUUCCAAUGUUUCGUGAACCACGGCAACGAAGUACCAGGAAACAGUUGGAAAAGGAUAGGCUGGAUCCCCUGAAAUCUCACAAACCAGAACCUCCAGUAGCAGGACCAGGUCGUGGGGGCCGUGUUGGAACUCAUGGAGGUACAUUGUCAUCAUACAUAGUCAAGAAUAUUGCAUUGGAUAAGACUGAUGAUAGCAACCCCCGAGAGGCCAUUUUACGACAUGCAAAGGAAGCUGAGGAUAACCCCUACUGGGUUGCUCCAGCCUAUUCUAAGAUCAUAGGAGUUGUCAUAUUGGAACAAGACCAGAACAGUCCAUCUGGACUCAACCAAAAGCAGUUUUUGCAGAAGUGGAAUCAGAGGAAGAUGAAACAGACAAUAAGCCAGAGUGGAAAAAACGUAAAAUAUGAAGAACUUGAUUUGGGGAAGGGUGACUGUGGAUUCAAAACAAAGUGGAGAGUUUUUUUCACUAUGCAAUAAAAGGUUGAAUUCUUUACAAACAAA